UCAUCCAUAAAGUGGCCGUCACGCCUUCGUCGACUCAAUGAGCUAGAUCCAGCAGCGAGCAAAGCCUUGCAAUAGGCCUCAAUCCCGCCCGCCAUGCUCGACGACGCAGAGCUCCCCCUGCGUAGCAUCUACAUCACCCUGGUAGCUGUGGUUCCCCCGCCUCAUGCUACGCUGCGCGAUGCUCCGCUCAACUCGUCAGCCCUCGCUCAAGCCAAAGCCCUCGCAACUGCAUUCGCCCGCACACCGAUAGAUGCCAUCUACUCAUCAGACAUCAAGCGAGCAUCACAGACGGCACAUGAGCUCCUCGAGGCCAAUACCACCAUCCCUCCUCCGCCGCUUGUGCAGACGCAGAGCUUGAGAGAGCAGGCCACCAAACAGGACGACAAGGCCGAGAGCACACAGCAAGCAAAUGCACGACUGGGCACCUCGAUCCGUCGCUUCAUUUUGCCUCGACUUGAGGCUCUGCGCAGCAAGAGUAUCCACGUUGGCCCAGCAGACGCCCACGUCGUAGUCGUAUCUCAUGAAGCGGCCAUCGCUGCUCUGUUGGACAUCUUCCUCUCCUAUCAUGACCCUGCGAGCGCAUUUGGGCAGCCAUGGCCUGACCCGCGCGCCAGCUACGAGAGAGUUGAUAUGGAGCAUACCUCUUGGUCGCGCUUGCAGGUCAGUGUGCCUGCAAAGGAGGCAGCAGAGGGUUGCUUUCCUGCUCCGUCGGAGGUAGACGCCCAGUCGCAUCCAGCUCCACCACGAAGCGACGUCUUCGUCCGAUUGGUCGGGCCGCAGAACCAGUCCGACCACCUGAGGGCUUUCAGACCUACUUCGAUGCGUCCCUCAUCAUCCGCUGGAGGCAAAGCGAGUCGCCCCGUCUCCUCCCAGACGUCACGCGCUGCCCCACCCGUACCACCAGCUAAGCCCAUCCAGGGCAAGGCGCCGCAGCCUUACAACCAGUACAGUGCCAGCUUCAUGAGUCGAGCAAUGGCCAUGGGCUCCGGCUCGGGGCUCGGCCUACGCAAUGAUGCGCUGGACGGCUUUCAUCACGAUGUAAGUGAGCCAUCAUCCUCACAAAUCUCCGGAGCCGUAGGCGCAGGAUCGCAUCGCCUCAUCUUUCCUCACCCAACGGCAACCCCCUCACCCGGUGCGAGUAGCGAAGGAUGGCAAACGGUCUGCUCGCGCAUCUUGCCCCUCUUUGACGCGGCAGCUGUUGCCGCCACAAGCAGCAUGGCCUCCUCUUCCAGCGGGGCUGCUCCUUUCCCUAGCCUGCCCGUCGAAGAGCUAAAUGAUUAUGUGGCGUUACACAUCCGGCGCGCCCUGGAGCGAGGUCCGGCUAGAGCCACCGCUAGCUUAACUGCUGAUCUGCGCGCCCUCCUUGUGAAUGGCCUUGGCAGGCUGGCUAUCCAGCCUUCCACCAGCGCAAGCUCAUCUGCGGCGGAAGAGGCAAGAACGCUCCAUCGCCUCUCUGCAGCGUGGGUAGCCUUCUUCUCCUCUGUUUUACCCUGGGUCGAGGCGGUCUUCUUACCCAUGGGGACCGACCCUGUCUUGCUGAGCCUCUCAAGUGGGGGUAGCGGGACUGCAAGUGCACACGCGGGCGGGGGAGGAGGUGGCUCAUCGCAGUUACCUUCGACUCCACUGCCCUUUCCUGCCGGAGCGGCUUCGUCCGAUACUGCGAGCUCGGGGUUGGCAUCGUCGACCUUCGGCAGCUCCACUAGACUCGUCCCACCAGCCAACAGCGCUCCCCCGGGCUCACCACUCAGCCAUGCAGCACCACUCCCCUCAAGCGCAUCGCCUAAACCGCCUACGACUCCGCUACCUCCCACAGGUAGCUCAAUCCCCGCUCCAGGAGCAGCAUCCGGCCCUUCUGCCCUGCGGUCGCAACGCAUCGAUGUCCGUCGCUUGGCACUCGUAGCAUUCAGGGACUGCUUGGUCUUGCCCGCCUUUGAGACCUUAUACGGGCUAUUGGGCAGGAUUCACGCAUUACUGGGCAUUCAGGGUGAGGGCGGCUUAGACGGGACUUCGAGGCAGGGAACACAACGCAACGCUACUGGCGCAGCGCCAGCUUCUUGGACGGGUGACAGCGAUCGAGCGAUGGAUACGGUGCGUCGCCUCACGCAGAUGACGCACAUCCUCCGGUCGGCACACACGGGUGACGAGCAGCAACGGGCUGUCGAUGGCUUGUUGCGAGCACUGCGACUCGGCGGUAGCGCUGGCGGCGGGGCUGGCAGGGCUACAUUGACCAUGACGGGGGACACGUCGACACAAGGUGGGAGUGUGAGCGGUGGAGUUGGGUGGAGUCGCCCCUCACAUCCUCCGGGAACACCUGUCAGCUCGGCGGGAAGGACGAUGGCGUCCUCUUCGCGAUCUCCCGUGCCACCCUCGCAAAGCAAUACCUCCGCAGCCGCUGGACUAGGGCUUGGCCUGACGAAUGGCACUAUGUCCACACACGGUGGCAAUGCAGGCAGCGUCCAGUUCUCUGGCCUGCCAAGCUCCAUGUCCUUCUCCACCGCGGCGGCUCUCCCAACUCGCGAAACGGAGCGGGCCAAUAGGCGCGGAUGGGCUCCUCCGCCUAGGCCGCGACAGCAAAGAGCGCAGAGCUCUGAUACGGACGGAACGCACUCUGCUGAUGGGGAUCGGGAUGGCAACUGGGCAAGAAGAGGCUCAGUGGAGGACCAAACCCUGGCCACGAGCCUGAAUGGGGCGAGCCUGGAUUCGCACGAUUCCUCAGUCGCGACGGUCAGAGAGGGGCAAAGUGAUGGCACGUUGGAUGGAGGCGUCAGCGAGGGAAAUAGGGCAGCUCAUAGUCGCGCCACCUCGGCAGGUAGCGACGUAGCGUUGCCGGGUGCGGGGGUCUCACGAUCGAGUACGCCGUAUUCGAGACGCGUUGCGGGGCUAGAGAUGGAGAGCGAUGCACGAUCGUCGCACGACGACGGCAGCGUCUCUGGCGAUGAUACAAUGGAAGUGGGGGGCGAAGAGGGGGAAGACUUCUCUACGCCUGUGCAGAGGCAGGGGGCUACAUUUCCUGUGUUGCCCGCUGUUGGGUAGGAGUGCAAUUGAUACCAGAGUGAGCAUGAGCAGCCAAUAAAGGAGUUUCUGCCUCUGUCAAAGCCAUGAGCAGGCGGUUGCGAGAUGUACAUGGACGUGUACUAAGCUUUCCAUUCACACGGGGCAUCUGUGGGUGUAAAUGAGCUGUACGCAAGCAGCGAAUUGACGGCAAAGCAUCUGACGCUGCAUUUGCGUGAAAGCCGAACCGGAAUAUCACUCGCUCAGAUAACGCCACUUUUCGCCUCUCCAUCACCUAUCUGACCCUGCUCAAAUCUCUCCCAACCAAGUCCUCCACGCCUCUUUCGCGUUUAGAAGGGAACCAACGCCGCCUUGCCCAACGUCCUGAUGAACAGCACGCCCGCAACAGCGAUCGCUGUACCGUAUGCGAUAGCCAUGUUGCCUGGCAGCUUCUCGGGGUGAACAAUCUCUUCGGCCCAGAAGCGGGCAAUUGGGUUGGAGCUGCGAGG